CACUCUUUUUCUUUCCUUUCCUACUACUUUUCUCCUACAACCAAACAAUGCCUUAGCAUUGUUGUCAAAUUGCAGUGUUCUUUAGCAUUUGCUUCACUCCAAUUGGCGUUUUCUUCUUCCCUUUGGUGCUGCAAUUUCUCUGUGGGUUAGCUAUGUCGGACAAAACAGGAAAGGGCUUUACGCCGUUUGGCAAAGCAGGAUCCCUGAAAGGGAAAGAUGACAGUACACCAAAAUCAGCACAGGGAAGGAAGGCUCAGUUUUCCAAAGAAGGUCCAUUUCAAUCCAGAAUGAAUGGUUCACCGACACCUGGUGGAAAAGGUGAAAAGGAGGACAAGGCUGCAAAUGGUGGAAAGACUUCAGGGUCACAAGACCUUAAAAUUGAUCGAGAACUUCCAGCAAAUGUCAAAUGCUUGAUGGAUUGUGAGGCUGCAGAUAUUUUACAGGGAAUUCAAGAGCAGAUGGUCACGCUAUCUAGAGAUCCAACUAUCAAACUCCCAGGACCAUUUGACAAGGGGCUGCAGUAUGCCAAAAGCAGUAGCAAGUAUACAAAUGCCAAGUCCAUUAGACGCAUUGUUGAGCCUCUUGCAAAUAAUGGUCUCACUGAUUGUGAGGUAUGUGUGAUUGCUAAUGUGUGCCCAGAAACUGUUGAUGAAAUUUAUGCUCUCCUCCCAUCAUUGAAGGGUAAGAUAAACCUUAACAGACAACUUCUUGAAGAUUCAGUGAGUGAGCUUGCUAAGCUUAGACGACCAGUCUAAAGAAGCCACAUAAUGGAAAAGGUUCACUGGUUUACCAUUUAGAUCUGCUUGCUGAAGUAACUGCUCGCCUGGCAAAUUUAUCUCAUGCAAAACAAUUCUUGAGCUUACUAACUGAGACAAUGUGUUGUAAAAACUCAAGCCAUGUUUUAUAUUCAUGUUUUCAAUGGCUGUACAAAGAUCUAAUGUGGAUCUCAAGUAGAUGAAUUUCAUAUCUACAAGACUAUGGAUCUUAUAUCUAAGGGGAGAAUGGAUUUUCUCAUGAGAAA